AUGUUGUCCCGCUCACUGAGUCGCUCGUUUGCUACCCAUGCAGGCAAAAGCCCAACAGCGAUUGUUAUGAUGAAUAUGGGCGGGCCUGAAACAGUCCCGGAGACUGGAGAGUUCCUCACAAAUCUGUUUUCUGACGGGGACCUCAUACCGCUGCCUUUGCAAAGGUUUUCUGCACCGUGGAUUGCCAAACGUCGAACUCCACAAAUCGAACAGCAAUACACCGACAUUGGUGGUGGCUCCCCCAUUCUCAAAUAUACGAAGCUACAGGGAGAGGGAAUGGCUCGCAUCCUGGACGAAUUACAUCCAGAAACCGCUCCACAUAAAGCUUAUGUUGCGUUCAGAUAUGUGCGACCGCUAACCACCGAAACCGCGCGUGAGAUGAAGGCUGACGGCGUGAAACGGGCCAUUGCAUUUACUCAAUACCCGCAGUACAGCUGCAGUACCACGGGAAGCAGUCUCAACGAGCUCUUUCGCAAGGGCAAGGCGGGUGAAUUGGACCCAGAGAUUGAAUGGAGUGUUAUAGACAGAUGGGGUACCCAUCCUGGCUUUAUUGAGGCCGUUUCCCAAAACAUAGAGAAAGCCCUGGCCAACUUCCCUCCCGACAGACGCAAUGACACCGUCAUCCUAUUCUCCGCCCAUUCGCUGCCAAUGUCGGUGGUUAACCGUGGGGACCCAUAUGUGCUCGAAGUGGCCGCCUCGGUCUCUGCUGUGAUGGACCGAUUAAAGAACGUAAAUCCCUACAGACUGGUCUGGCAGUCACAAGUUGGCCCUUCCGCAUGGAUGGGAAUGCAAACUGGCGAUGCAAUAAAGGGGUUGGCGCGGCUGGGAAAGAAGCAAGUGGUGAUUGUUCCCAUUGCUUUCACCAGUGACCACAUCGAGACACUCUAUGAGAUCGACCUGGAAUAUGUGAAGGAGGCGAAGAAGCUUGGGAUCGAGAUUUAUAGAGCUGAAUCAUUGAACGAUUCACCGGUCUUCAUUCGUGCGCUUGCCGACAUUGCGGCUCAUCACUUGCUCUUAAUGGCGGGAGGCUAUCUGGUUCUUGAUCGCGCUUACUCGGGAUUGGUGGUCUCAACCUCUUCGCGCUUCUAUACCGUUGUCCAGAAAUCGACCCAACAAGACGCGUUGAUUAGAGUCCGUUCUCCCCAGUUCGUUGGCGCUACAUGGGUGUAUUCUGUGAAAUCUGUGCCUGUUGUGUUGGUGGAGUCGCUUGCAACAAACCAAAGUAACAACAAGUUCAUCCAUCUCGCUCUCCAGAACACAAUCUCGCUGGUCUCUGAAAUGAAAGGGGCUGAUUACGUCCAGAGCAUAAUGUCCUCUGGCAUCGAUGUGUGCAUUGUUGGUGACAACGACUUUUACUCCCAGCGAGCGCAGCUCUCUAAACUUAAUCUGCCUCGCACACUUGACUCGUUAGCCAAGAUUCCCCCAUUCGUUGAGACGGGUGUGCCGAUAUCGCAAGUCCACAAAACUGGCCUCGGCUCUUCCGCUGCCCUGAUCACCUCCCUCGUCUCCUCGUUGCUCCUACACUUCUCUGCCAUUUCUCCCUCCGAUUUGGAGGGGACAAUCACACACGGCAGAAAACUCGCUCACAACCUUUCGCAGUACAUUCACUGCCUGGCGCAAGGUAAAGUUGGCAGCGGCUUCGACGUUUCGGCUGCGGUGUUUGGGAGCCAUAUAUAUACUCGUUUCGAUCCGCUGGUCAUCCAGACGUUAAUGGCGGAUGAUGCGCCGAAAUCUCAAUCCAUCUUAUCGGUUAUCUCCCCUUCUAAUGAAGCGUGGAAUUACCGCAUCGACGACUUCCAACUUCCGCCCAGUACACGGAUAAUGCUGGCCGAUGUCGACGCAGGCAGCGAUACGCCGUCUCUCGUCGGAAAAGUGCUUAAAUGGCGCAAAGAUGACAGUGUUGCAGCGAAUUCCCUUUGGUCAAGACUCAGCGAAAUCAACCAAUCCCUCGCGCAGCGCAUCCGAAAAUUAACGGAGCUACAUGCUAAGCAUCCAGAGGCUUACAGGAAAUGCGUGAAUGUCUUGUCGACCUUACCAAAGACCAAAUGGCCCCAGUCCAACCUGGACUUUGAUAUCGUCUCAGCCUUCCAUGAUGUCCAUCUGAGCUCGGAGGCUAUUCGUGAACAAAUGCGGGAGAUGGGGACCCUCUCUGGAGUCCCCAUUGAGCCGAUGGAACAAACAGAGCUGCUUGAUUUGUGUAUUGCGCAGCCUGGCGUCAUUGGGGGUGGGGUCCCUGGUGCUGGCGGGUACGAUGCGUUAUGGCUCCUGGUCUGCGAUCCAGAAAAUGCACAAGGGGAAAGACCCAUGAACGUUAUCGAGAAAGUCUGGGCGGAAUACAAGAAGCUGGAUGUCUCGCCUUUAUCUGCAGUCGAGAGUAUGGCGAAAGGAGCUCGACUGGAACGCGUGGAGGACAUCCACGGCUUACAAGCCGCCAUUACGCGGUAA